CACGGUCACCCUCGCUCGAGCGUUCGCCGGUACCCGAUCCAUGGCUGACGCCGAAACGGCGCGUUUGUGCACGCAAAUCGUUCAUACGCAUUUUGGUCCCUUAACAGCCAAUGUCGCGUCUGUGCUCCUGACGCGAGGGCGGUUAACUCUCCCUCAACUUGUGCGCUUCACGUCUAUCAAGCCCAGAACUGUCCGGGCAUGCAUUCUAGCUCUGGUGCAACACAACGUCCUAUGGCACGCACACUCCGAAGACGAAGGAGAGGUGCUGGAGUUCAAUAUCGAAGAAUGUCUACUCAGAUUGAGAUUCGGGCGGUUCGUCUGGCAAGCCGGGCAACUUUUCGGAGAAAAAGCCAGCGAAGUCGUCCAACUCAUCCUCGAUCACGGAAAGCUCAGGCCCACUGACAUCACGCGAAUUCUGGCUUCGGGGGAUGCAAAAGCCGUGAUUGCGUACUCCAAGAUCAUCCAUUCUCUCGUAACUUCGGGGUAUUUGAAACCGUCCACUGUCCUCUCGCACCUGUCUCCGCGAGAUAAACGAAUACGAUACGAGUCCGAAGAAAAAGCUAAAAUCAACGGGUUUCCUACUGCAAAGGAGCUGCGUGAAGCGAAGGAGACUGCGGAGGCUAGGUUAAAACGGGAAGAGGAGGAGGCAGAGCAAGUAGGAUUGACGCGGAGACCCAAGGAAGUGAAGGGUCACAAGUCUUCAAAACGCCAAACCGCUGAGGAGGAAGAAAUCGUUGAACCCACGGUAUACUUCCGCCUCAACUACGAGAGGUUCAACAUACAUAUCCGCAAUGACUUGAUCUCUCGAGCGGCAAAAGAGCGGCACAACGAAGGAGCGGCGCUAGUAAUCAAAACCAUUCUCAAAGAGACAGAAUCGAAACAGAAGAGUUUGGCCGAGCCACGAACAGAUCCGAUUUCGGUGUCCAACGUCGCGCUUGCUCUGGCGGACUCCGAUGAUCUGGCUUCCGGGCUUAUCCUCCGUACUAAGAAUCCAUCGAACACAACCUGUGUGAAGGAUUACCUGGGGAUAUUGUCGUGCGCCGAUAAUCCAACUCCCGCUGGCAGAAAUUCUUCGUUCAUCUCGUUCGGGGGCUCGAAGAUUCAGGUCGAGUUUGAGACAACAUGUAAGCGGCUGGGGAGGCGUGUUCUGGAAUCCGUAACUCGGGAGCGCCAUGGAGCGCCUGGAGUCCGGAUCCUGAGGUUGCUGCUCGACACUGGCAAGAUGGAUGAGAAACAGGUGCGUGUGUCGACUGGGCCCCGAAUUCGCUUGAUUGUUCUUUUUGGAGAUCUCCAAGGUGGUCAUGGUCCCCGGCAAGGAUGUGCGACCGAUCCUGACUCGUAUGUCGUCCGAGUCGUUGAUCAGCACGCAAGAGCUGGCAAGAACUGCGGACCGCCAUCCUUCGCGCAUGUUUUAUCUGUGGUAUGUCGACCUGCAAAAGGCUUACUCAGUUGUUAUCGGACAUCUGUAUAAGACGAUCUACAACAUUGAGUUGAGGCGACAAGUCGAGGGUGAAGAGCCCAUGGUCAAGGCCGUACUCGAGAAGCGGCAACGGAGUGACGUGAUCCAGGACGAGGAGACGUAUCUGUCUAGAAUGGAACUCGACACAAUCAGAGACUGGGAAGGGAAACGAGAGAAAUUGACUAUUCUCCAGAUGAGAGUUGAAGAAUCUGUAUUCAUCCUUCGAGAUCUCGGGAUAUUUGGUACCAAUGACGAUGUUUGAUCUGAGGUUAGGGCUAGAAAUUGUAAUGAUGAGUCGCGUCAAUAGACCCAAAUACUCAUGGCUUCCUC